AACAAAAACAAAUGCCAUUUGCCAUUUCAGUAAAUGACAGAAGUGAUACAAAAUGAUUGUUGGUUUAACGAAAACAGUGAUAAUUUAAGUGAGAAAUGGGUAACCAGCUGAUAGGAAUCGCCCCCUCGCAGAUCCUCCCGGUCGAGCGCUACUUAACGGAGCACCCGGAUUUGAAAUUCGACCUAGGUCUGGGAAGUACCCGUUUUUUUAAAGUAGCGCGAGCCGAAUCCCAGGAAGGCCUAGUAGUGGUAAAAAUCUUCGCAAUCCAUGACCCCACUCUCCCCUUAUCCACCUACAAAGACCAACUGGACGAAAUCCGCAAGCGUCUAUCAAGUGCAGUGAACUGUAUCCCGUUCCAGAGGAUUAUUUUAACAGAAAAGGCCGGUAUUCUGGUCCGAGAGUUCGUUAAGUAUAGUCUGUAUGAUAGAAUUAGUACGCGUCCGUUUUUGACCAACAUUGAGAAACGUUGGAUCACUUUCCAAAUACUGUACGCACUGCACCAGUGCCACAAAGUUGGUGUCUGUCACGGUGAUAUUAAGCUUGAGAAUAUCACGGUGACGUCGUGGAAUUGGGUGCUGUUGGUCGAUUUUGCGUCGUUUAAGCCCACUUUUGUCCCGGAGGAUAAUCCGGCCGAUUAUUCGUAUUUUUUUGACACGUCGAGGCGACGUACGUGCUACAUAGCCCCGGAAAGGUUCAGCAAGACGACAAAUAAUGAAAAUAGCGCUUUGAUCACCGAGACCACGUGCGAAAGUGGGGAAUUGACCCCAGCGAUGGAUAUUUUCUCGACAGGGUGCGCAUUAUUGGAAUUAUGGAACGAACUACACGUCCCAUUUGAAUACUCACAACUACUAGCCUACAGAUCUAACAAAUACUCCCCCGAAAAACACUUGAAUAAUUUAAACAACCCCUCACUGAAGUCACUAAUUUCAAGCAUGAUCGAAAUAGACCCAAGCAAGCGACUGUCAGCGGAAGAUUACCUAGCGAAAGAGCGCGGAAAACUAUUCCCGGAAUAUUUCUUCACGUUCUUACAGAGUUACAUGCUAAUUUUUUCCGCUACUCCGAUUCUAUCACCCGACGAAAAGAUCCUAAGACUCAAGAGUGAUAUCGCCAAUAUUUUCAAAUUUCUAGGACCCAUCAAACAUUCGCAUGAAGAUGACAGCGAAAAGUAUGAAAAGGGCGAAAGUGAAGGUUUGGUCAUCAUUAUUUCAUUGGUGACUUCAUGUAUCCGCGGCUUGCACGACUGUAGCUCGAAAUUGUGCAGUCUCGAGAUUUUAUUAGAAUUGUCAAAUCAUGCGAACAGUGAGACUAUCCUUGACCGCAUUCUGCCAUACAUUAUGUAUUUGGCUCGGGACAAUUCAUCACGGGUCAAAAUCGCCGCAAUUAACACCAUAACAAAGUGUCUCGAGUUGGUGCAACAGCUGCCCAAGUCGGACUCUAAUAUUUUCCCCGAGUACGUGCUGCCCGGGCUGGCCCCCUUGGCCGGGGACCCCAACACUUGCGUCCGCGCGGCGUACGCUAAAAACAUCGCAACGUUGGCUGAGAUCGCCUUACGGUACUUGGAUCAGAUGCAAAGCGACUGGUACGACAACAACAUCAAGCAAAAGUAUAAUCACACGUUUAACUACGAGUUAGAACUGCAAGCGCUGCACGAGAUGGUCGAGCAAACCGUUAGUGUACUGCUGACCGAUUCGCAAGCACUGGUUAAGCAAACACUGAUCGAGAAUGGGAUCACGAAAUUGUGUGUGUUUUUCGGGAAGCAAAAGGCCAAUGAUGUUCUCUUGUCGCAUAUGAUCACGUUUUUGAAUGAUAAGGAUGAUAAGCAGCUGCGGGGGUCGUUUUUUGAUUGCAUUGUGGGGGUGGCGGCGUAUAUUGGGUGGCAUUGCUCGGGGAUUUUGACGCCGCUUUUGUUGCAAGGUUUGACCGACCCGUGCGAGUUCGUCACCACCAAAAGUAUAAACGCAAUGUCAGCAUUGACCGAGUUGGGGUUGUUGACGAAGUCAUCACUGUGUGAAAUGGUCUCGGAAUGUUCGUGUUUUUUGGUUCACCCGAAUUUGUGGAUACGCCAAGCCGUGGUUGGGUUUAUAACAACGACGACGAAAGCGUUGUCAAUUUUGGACGUUCAAUGCAAAAUUAUACCGAAUUUGAGCGGCUACAUGAAAUACCCGUUGAUUCAAAUUGACAAACCAGAAUUGUUACUCGAAUCUUUGGAUAAUCCAAUUCCGAGGAACAUUUACGACAGUGUGGUCACUUAUACGGAACUGGAUGUCUUGGUCCGGAUGCUGAAAGACCGGAAAUACGCACGAGAGGCGGCAAAUAUUGGCCGUGUCACUACUUUGGAGUCGUGGUACACACCGUCAAUUAAAAACCUUUUUAGACGUUUGGAAGCCAACGGUUUGACCGAAGCAAUGGAAGAUUAUUUCCUCAAGAUGGAACACCAUUUGAAAAAAAUCAACAAACACAGAAUGGCCACAAAAACGAGCUAUGGCGACGGUAGAAUUGAGCUCGGUAGCACCAACGGUCAAAUCAAAAGUCACGUGUUUUAUUUGGGGGAAUCACAGAAGGGUGACUUUAUCGCCGAUAGAAGGUUGCACAGGACGAACACAUCAGGGUCAAUUGACACGAAUGUGAACUCCGAUUGGAACUACAGUUCUGAUCUAGUGACGAGACAUUCGGAAAGCACUAAUUCAGGCGGGAUGUCGUCGAGGUCGACGUCUUCGAGACCCUCGUCGCCGCCCCCUGACCCCCACACGCCUUUUAUCAGUACCGAUCCUUCGUCUAAUAUCAGUCUCCACGAACGGUCUUACAUACAAUAUCGCAGGUCGAGUUGUUAUUUGGAGCUGAAUAAACUGAAAAUCAAGCAACAAGAGCACUAUCUGGAGGCUUUAAGGGGCAAAGACUGGGCUGAACAAACUGCAUGGCUGCCCCAGCUGCCGCCCCCUGAGUGGCAUUCACGCGGCGUUUUGGUGGCCCACCUCCACGAGCACAGAGGGACGGUCAACCGACUAUGUACCAUCCCCGAUAAACCAUUAUUUGCGAGUUGUUCAGCCGAUGGUUACGUCCGACUUUGGGAUUGUGCAAAAAUGGAAGGGAAAAAUAUCGCAAAUCGAUCGAAACAACAUUUCAAAACACCGAGUGGUGUGGGGGUCACCAGCAUGUCGGUUUGUGACGGGGGGCAGAGUCUCGGAGCGGCCACGUUGGACGGGGCUAUCAAUAUUUUACGGAUCGAUCCGUCCGGAAAUAAGAUGAACAUGUUCCAAACCCGCCAACUGAACUUGGACGAAGAAGGCUUUGCCGUCGACGUCCAGUGCUUGGAUUCUGGCUUCCAGAGCGUCUUAGUUUACGCCACGUUAUACGGCUCCAUCAUCGGCUGGGACUUGCGAACGCCUGGCAUCGCCUGGAAGCUCGAAAACAGCCUUGAAAAAGGCUUCAUCACAAGUUUUUGCGUCGACUCGCACCAGAGCCUCCUCACACUGGGCACCAGCAUCGGCCACUACAAAGCCUGGGAUCUACGCUUCCAACUCCCCAUAAACUCAUUCGAACAACCCGGCACUGAGAAAAUCAAGAAAGUGAUCAGCCACCCAACCGAGCCCUCAUGGAUCAUCUCAAGCGUCCACGGCAACAACAAGAUCCUAAUGUGGAACUUGGAGACCAAGUCUUUGGAGAAGAUCCUCUGGGGCAGCUCGGCCCCGCCUCUGUCGCAGUCGCAGGGCCCCUCGAACAGCGUGUGCGCCCUGCUGGCGGGCUGCAUCGACCGCAACCCCUUCGUGCUGUCGGGGGGCACCGACCAAAGACUCCGGUUCUGGAAUUUGGAGUCGCCGGAAAAGUCGCACAUUGUGGCCCCCGCUGCCAAUGACCACAUCGGGAGCAAUAUCACGUACGAGAGUCGCCUGAUUGACGGGUUUCACGUAAUUUACGAGAACCCCGAAAGCGACAGGGGGAAGGAGAGCAGCGAGGAGGGGCCGCGGGGGGGCCCGGAGCAGCCCCCAGCCGGCCACAGAGACUGCAUUACCGACAUUACCCUGUGCAAGGCGUCGCAAUGUUUCAUGGUUUCGUCCUCACGGGACGGAAUCAUCAAAGUAUGGAAAUAAGACUGCUGAUUGAUUUUAUUUAAAUGUUUACAUUAUUGUUACAAUAAACGUGAAAUGUUAAUAAGGA